AUGAGUCGAUUUUUCGACAUUGAUCUUAAUGACAAGAGAAUUCCACCAAACUUUGGUUAUAGACAUCAAUCAUUACUUUCACUUGAACAUGCUCUUGAGCCCAUCGUGCCUCGUAUUGACCAUUUGCAUCAAUAUAUCAAGGAAGCUUUAGAAAAAUGCCAUUUUCCAUCCGAACACAACCUUACACAUGACGAAUCAGCCUCGAUUUAUCUUUAUACCAUGGAAUUGGGUGCUCAUAGUUUAUAUCAAUUGUUGAAUAACGAUUUGCGAUCGGAAGACCCAUCUUCAUUGACACCAUGGGCUAAUUAUCUCAAAUUAUUCGAAAUUGCACUUACAAAACUGCCCAAAGAGAAAAAACGUCUUUGGUGUGGUACGAAAGAUAAUGUCAACCAGAAUUUUAUUAAAGGUAGUGAAAUAAUUUGGCGAAGUGUGAGUUCUUGCUCAACCACACUAAAUAUCAUCAAAGAAUUUCUCGGCAACGAUACAAAUGCUACACUCUUCAUGAUUGAAGCGGUGAACGGUAGAAAUUUGAGUGGCUAUACAAAACAUCCAGAUGAAAACGAAGUAUUGCUCGGUCCAGGCACUCGAUUAAGUGUGGAAAGUGAUGAUUUAAAACUUAAUGAUGGUCUAAAAGUUCUGCAUGUAGUAGAAAUAACGGACAAGAAUAAUGAAACAUUACCAGCAGUCAUAAAUACGAUUAGCAUAACAUCAAAACCAGAAACUCUUACUGAUAUGAAACAUGAUAAACGAUCAAUUCAAGAAUUUGUCACCUACUGUCGUGAUUGGCAUGGUAACGAAUUCCCAAAACAGGAUAUCGAACAGUUUCAACAAGAAUAUCAUGAACAUUCACCCAUUUGGUGGUAUACAGCACCGCAUUUUCUCUACUCAGUGCUUGAAUAUUCUUUGGAAACUCUAGAUUUUGAAGCAAUCAUCAAGUUGGGUUUCUUUAUUCUCGAUCUUCAUGAACAAUUAGGAAAACUUCAUUCCGAACGGUUCAAAAAAGUUAAGGGAAAAUUGACUGUCUACCGUGGUCAAGGAUUACCAAAAAGUGAUUUACAAAAAUUAAAAUCACAUGUAGGCGGUCUCUUGUCGUUCAACCACUUUCUAUCAACUAGUCCAGAUCGUCUUAUUUCUAUUGCCGAUGCUAGGCAGGCAGCCGAAAAUCAAGAAUCUGUUAGAGUGUUAUUUGUGAUCACUGUCGAUCUAUCGAUUUCAUCGACUCCAUUUGCAAAUAUUCGAGAUUUACAAUAUUACUCAAGUCAUGAAUCAAUACUAUUUACUACACACACCGUCUUUCGAAUUGAACGUAUUCAACAAAUGGAUAAAGAAUCUCGAUUUUGGCAAGUAAAACUUACAAUGAUGGAACAUAACGAUGGUUAUUGGAGCUCUCUAACUGAGUUCAUGAGAAAGGAAAUCCAAGGACCAACAGAAUAUCAUCGAUUGGGAUUAUAUUAUCGAGUUGAAUGUUUUACUUAUGAUCGAACAAAUGAUCAAUGUCAAGCAUGUUUAUCUUAUGGUAUAUGUUUAAAAGGUAAUAUUCAUAAUGAUAAAGAUUUUUUUUAUGUUUAUGUCAAAAAUGUUAUUUUGUUUUUUUUUUUUUUACAUUUUGUUCGUUCAAAAUUACGUAAAACUGGUGUUGAAAAUUCUUUACUUAUUAUAUCAAUUAUUAAUCAAUGUUCACUUUUAUUCUUAUUAUUAAAAAUUAUACAUAUUAUUUUGGAAAGUAAUGGCAACCUAUUUCAUUAUAAUACAUUUAAUUUAUUUUCAUCUCGAAGUCAUGUAAAAACAACUGGUGGACGACAAACAUUCAAAGAAGUAUUUAAAAAACAAUUUUAA